CACAAGAAGAAGAAGAACUUCUCAAACGGGACAUAUAGAAGAAAGACUGAACGCUUCUCCGCAGUAAGGUCGGCAGGAUGGCCCUGUCAGACAACAAGGCUCUGGUCCUGGGUGUGUUGGCUGGAGCGGCUGGCCUCAGCUUGGGCACUGUGGUGUUGUACAACAGUAGGAGGGCCGUGCCAAUGAGUGGACAUGGUGUGCACAGUAAGCUGUACCUCACCAGUAAUGACCAGCGGGUGGCUGGAGCCAGUAUGGUGGUGAGGGAAAUGCCGGGUCAGGCUGAGGUUCUAGAUCGUCUCGCAGCCCUGAUCCAGUGUGUGUCAGAGCUGAAGGAUGAGGUGCGGGCCCUAAAGAGUGCCAUCCCAAAGCUGCAGGACCACAUCAGGGAUGAGCUGAGAGGACGCAGCAGCCGGGCUGAGGGGGCUGCGGCUCGCGUAAGGGCAGGCCCGCCAAACCGAACUACACCCACACGCAGGAGGAAAGUUGCAGGGGGAGUGGCCAGAGCUGGAGGCCAAAGCUCUGAGGAGGAGGCUGAGAGUGAAGGAGGGUACAUAACAGCUUUAACCGACUCCGAGGAAGAAGAGCAGAUUGAGGCUGAGGGUCAGAGUCCUUAUGAAGUGAAUGUGAUCGAGCCUCUGAAUCAGUUCUCAGCCCUUCUGGAGAGGGUGGACGCUCUACACGACGGCAGCGAUGGAGACAAGAGGGAAUGCCUGCGCACCAUGCUGGAUAAGAGGGAGCAGUUUGGACAGAACACUACGUUCUUAUGGCGACUAGUUCGGGCCUACGUGGAUGUUCAUGACAUCACUACCAACCUAGAGCAAAAGAAGACCCAUGCAGAAACUGGGAAGAAAGUUGGAGAGGAAGCCGUAAAGCUGAACCCUAUGUGUGCCGAAAGUCAUCAGUGGUACGCCAUAAUGUGUGGCAUCAUGACAGAGUAUGAGACUGUGCAGAACAGGAUAAAGAAUGGCUACAUCUUCAAAGAUCAUUUGGAUAAGGCCAUUGAGCUGAAACCACAGGAUCCUAUGUCUUACUACCUGCUCGGCCGCUGGUGCUAUGCUGUGGCUCAGCUGUCGUGGAUUGAAAGGAAAGUUGCUGCUACAUUGUUUGGAGAGCCUCCAAGUGCCACGGUCCAAGAUGGUCUGAAGAACUUCCUCAAGGUGGAGGAGAUCAGUCCCAAGUACUCCAAAUUAAACUAUGUGUUUUUAGCCAAGUGCUACAGAGACCUGGGGCAAAAAAGUCAGGCCAGAAAGAUGUGUGAUGCUGCUACUUCAAUGGAAACCAUUUCCAAAGAGGAUGAGGAGGCACAGAAGGAGCUGGACACCCUUUUCUCUGCUCUAGGUGUUAAUUGAGGACAUUGUGGAAUGGCUCCAUCCUCUUGCUAGGGAGGAACCCAGGAUCCUCCUCACUGGAAAACACACUAUGAAGGGAAGCCAAUCUAUUUCUUCCUUGAUUACUGUUGGGACAGUAUCUUCUUCGUGCUAGUGCUCUCUGGGAUUGGAGAUGACUGGAUUGGCUGUGCAUACUAGGGAACAGUGUUCUGGGGAACAAACUUAUCACAGACAUAUCAUGAUGUCUUAUGAAUGCAUAGUGCUUUGACAUCUGUUCGCUGAAGAGAUUGUGGUAAAAGGGACAGUUGGACCUAAGUCAAUCAAUGGUGUUGGUCCCAAUGGGAUAUACAUGAUCUACCACCUCACAUCAAUACAGUCAGCAAUUAAGUGUAGGGGACCAGGUAAUACUGUAGCUAGAAAAUACAUUUUAUGAAGAUUUUAAUAAUUAUACUGAAGUUGGUUCCAAUAUGAGUGAUCACCUGUGUCAACCCAAACAGAUAUAUCCAUAACAAAAAUAUAAUAAUUUCAAACCUUCCUUAUAUUUGUAUACAAUCACAUGUAUCUCUAUUAUGCGUGGGAAUACUUGGGAACAUAUUUUCUAAAUUAAGAUCACUUGAAGCUGAUUUCCCGGUGUAUUUAGUCUUAUGUCCAACAAUGAAAAUUCACAAAAAUAAAAACAUGUAUUCAUUUUUGCUCAGAAAACUUGGGGGUCAAAAUAAAACCACCCACGGACCAAAUUCAGCCCGUGGGCCAGUUGGGGGAACCCUGGCCUAGCCUAAGAACUGCACACACACAAGUGUGUUUUAAGGAGAUUCUGACACAAAUUCCUCAACAAUAAAGACCUUUAUGGUUUUGUGAAAGUGAUCCACAGAACUUGUUGGUCCCUCCCUCCCGCCAUGUUCUGUUUUUGUUUUGUCUCUAGCAGUGCAUUCAAGUGGCAAUAACAAAACCGUUUUAAACAAAGGUGCAACCCAAACACAGCUCUCUGUCGCACUGUGACUACCGAGUGACAUUUUGUCCCUUUUACCCCCUGAUUGUAAUGUAACUAUACGGCACCCUAUUCCUUAUAAGGUACACUACAUUUUACCAAAGCCCUAGGUCACUAAAUAGGGAAUAGAAGCUCUGGUCAGAUGUAGUGCACUAAAUAAGGAACGGGGUGUCAUUGCAGACUCAAGCUUGGUAUUAUUUGACCUGCAUUGAGUGGCUACUGUAGGUUACCAGGUCUCGUGUUCCUGUCACUGCCUGUGCAUGGACAGAGAUCAUGGUCACAUUGUUUUAAGAUGAUGGAGUUGAUAGGGAAGGAAACGGGACCCCUAGACGGCUCCUUCGGUCUUCACGUUCAUACAAGGUCGGGGUGUUGCUCAUCACAUUCCAGCUAGCUAGAGGAUAUUUUUGAGCGUAGAAUGUGAUUUGAGAUUAGAUCCUGUAGCCUAAUAGUCCAUGGGCAAUGUGCAUGUCCGAGAUUUUAUAUCGUAGUCGAUAGGUUUUACUGAAUUUUGAAUGCCGUUUUAUUAUUAUUAUUUUUGGUUAAAAAAAAAGCAAAUGGUGAGAUGGAUUUUAAUAGUUUUAGUAUUUUUCAUUUGUAUGGUUUCUUUUUGGGAUUACUGGGGGGAAAGCAUGGGCUAUAAGAAUCUGUGGUUCUUUAUUAUGUUCUCUUAAGUAUAAUUUAGUCUUCUGGAAACCAUUAACUGGUGCGUACUUUAUCCAACAGGUGAACUACAAGAAUGGAACUUGUUUUUGCUUAACACGUUUUUCUAUAAUCCAGCAAUAUGAAUGUAUGCUUUAGUUUUAUCUAGGGUGGUGCACAUUGCAGUGAAGUAAAUUAUCUUGUAAAUGAAAUACAUAAAACAUUAGAUAGACACCACUGAUCAAUGGUAUUUGAGUCUGCCAUUAGUCAAUAAAUAUGUGCAAUCUUGA